AAAGACCGAAGGAAAUGAGACAAGCUUUUCCUCCCACCGACUCGCGCUUCUCCAGCGUCUGCGGGGCUCACUACCGCUGCCCGUGAGCGCCCAGGCUGAGACCCAGCGCCCCGCGCCCGCCUCGGCGUGUCUCCCCUGGGAUUUUUUCCGAGGUGCCAGUGCCGGCCCAAACCCUGGCCACAGCUUUGUUGCGUCCUCCCCUUAGUGAUCGGCUCCUGGUCCCCGAGCAAGGACCCCGGAAGUGCGCGUCGGUGGCUCUGGCGAAGAAGAGAAGAGAGGGAGGGUGGCCACCUUGAUCCAGCUGAAGCAUCUCCAGGAGGCCUUUUCUGGAUGUCACAUCGAGGCUGCCCUUCUGCUACAACACGGAGCUGGUGAUCCCCGAGUUCGUGGACAUGGCUUUGCUCAGCAAUAUCCUAGAGGCCUAUUCCUUUGUCUCAGAAAAUACUGAGCGAGCAGCUCUGUACUUUGUCUCUGGUGUGUGCAUCGGGCUGGUCCUCACCGUAGCUGCCUUGGUGAUGAGGAUCUCUUGCCACACAGACUGCCGGCAGCAUCCCCAGAAGAAGUUCCUGCAGGACCAAGAAAGCAGCAGCAACAGCAGCGACAGCGAGGAUGGCAGCUCCUACGCGGCAUCCGACAUCUCAGUCAGGAGACAUCGUCGCUACGAGAGGACUUUGAACAAGAACGUUUUCAGCUCAGCGGAGGAGCUGGAGCGCGCCCAGCGGCUAGAGGAGCGGGAACGCAUCAUCAGGGAGAUUUGGAUGAAUGGCCAGCCCGAGGUUCCUGGCACCAGGAGCCUGAACCGCUACUACUAGGGGCAGGAGCAGGAAUCCACACCCCGCUGUUAGCCGCCUGGUAGAGAAAGGGUCCUGCAAGGAGGGCGGGCACAAAGAGUUGAACGCAGCUCUGCUAAUGUUAUGGUGGCAGAGAUAAGCAGGACAUUCCCAUUUUCUAGCCAGGAGGACUGAUUUCUCCCUUUUGACUAAAUUUAUGGAGAAGUAGAAAAACCAAGUUGGUUCAUCAACUUUUCCAGGUCUUGGAAUGGUGCUGAAAACCCUCUCCAGCAAUGUGGAUGGAGAUUAGAGAAAUGGAUCUUGUGGUUUCUCUUGAUUUCUGAGGAUCUCAGAAGUUUCUGCAGACUUCAUUGCUAUGUGUUAUUUCUUUACAAAAGGAAAUAUUAUUACAGCCUGAGGGCUAGGAAGAGCAGGGUUAACUUAACCCAGUAAAUGCAACUUUCUAAAUGACUCCAUGCUAUGGAGGUGAUUUUGAUCCAGAUAGCAUGAUCAAUGCUUAUUGUUUAAGGUCUAUUCUUUCAAUCUUGUGUUGCAAUGACAACCUCAGGGAUUAAAAUCCUAUUUUUUAUUACAGUUCCCACUUCACUCAUGAAAAUGAAUAAUGUAUUAUAGGAGAUGUGUCAGUGAACUAGAAAAAUGUCAAUAACCUCAAAGGAUGAAGCGUUUUAUUUUAAAUAGCUUAUAAAGAAUAUAUUAACAUGC